AUGCGGACGCUACCAUCCUCCCAGCAUUCGCCAGCCUUUAGAGCCCGGCCCGCUAGUUCUCCCACUCCCCAUCUAAACGCCGGGAAUAUUGCAUCCGAUGCUGUCGACUCGGCGAAUGCAGCUGCUGCAGCAUCUACUGCCAACGGUGCCGCAGCUUUUGUCGCUACUAGAACCAGCGUCUCCGCGCGCUCCGCUUCCGCCACGACCUGCUGCUCCGCGCCUGCAGGGCCCCCGCCUGCACCCUCCGCGACUUCCGCUUCCGCCCAUUCAGAUUCCGCCCACGCCGUUUCCGCCCCUUCCGCCUCCGCCGCAGCCCCGAAGGAGCUGCACAUUGGCGGCUACCGCGUGCUGUUCCCCCACACCCCAUACCCUCCGCAAAUACAGCUCAUGGCUAAGAUGAUCUCCGCGCUCGACGCCUCCCUCUCCCCCCACGCGCUCCCCCGCGCCCAACCCCACGCCCCUCCGCCCGCGCGCGCGCGUAUGGGCAGCACGAACGCGCUGCUCGAGUCCCCCACGGGCACGGGGAAGACCCUCGCGCUGCUGUGUGGCGCUGGCGUGGCAGAAGCGCGCCAAGGAGGACCCCGCGCGGCUCGCGCAGGCGCACGCGGGGGGUGCGGGGAUUGCGGGGGCACGGGUAUGGGAGAGGGCGCAGGCGAGGAGGGAGGUGAGCCGGAGAAUGGUGGAGGAAGCGCGGAGGUAGAGAUGGAAGGACAGGGCCACGUGCAGCAGAAGGGGCAGCAGGGCGGGCAGAAGCAGGGGAAAGCAGCCCAGAACGUGCCGGCUGCUCACUUCCCCAGGAUCUUCUAUGCCUCGCGCACGCACAGCCAGAUGUCGCAGGUGGUGCGGGAGCUGCGCAAGAGCAGCUGCUCAAGUUCUGAGACGUCUCAACCCCACCCUCUCCCCACCCUCCCCUUCCCUCCUCUCCCGCCCCCCCUUUUUUUCGCCCGCCCAUCCUGCCCCUCUGACCGCAGGCGCACGCACAGCCAGAUAUCGCAGGUGGUGCGGGAGCUGCGCAAGAGCAGCUACUCGCCGCCUUGUGAGCCGUCUCAGAAACACCCCCUCGUCCUCCUUCCCCCUCUCUCCCCGCCCUCCCCUCUUGCGCCACCGCAGGCGCACGCACAGCCAGAUAUCGCAGGUGGUGCGGGAGCUGCGCAAGAGCAGCUACUCGCCUACCAUGACCAUACUUGUGCGUGCACCCACGGCUUGUGCAGGUCUGCCAUCCUCUCGCUCGUGACUCCGGUCCUUGUGUGUAUCUCGGCCUUCUUCAUCUCCCAUGCCAUCUGCCAUGCCUUCUUCAUCUGCCAUGCCUUCUUCAUCUGCCAUGCCUUCUUCAUCUGCCAUGCCUUCUUCAUCUGCCAUGCCUUCUUCAUCUGCCAUGCCUUCUUCAUCUCCCAUGCCAUCUGCCAUGCCUUCUUCAUCUGCCAUGCCUUCUUCAUCUGCCAUGCCUUCUUCAUCUGCCAUGCCUUCUUCAUCCGCCAUGCCUUCUUCAUCUGCCAUCUAUCUCAGCAAGGCUCUUUUAUCCCCGGGCCUCAGGCACUGACUGCAUUUUCUUCCGAUAACUUGCCUCCCUUUUCUUUCCCUUCUCUCUUGUCUGUCCUCCUCUUCCUCUUCCUCGUCCUCGUUUCCUUCCUUCCCCGCUUUCCCACCCUCUCAUGCUUCAUCUCGUCUCUCUUCGUCCCUCCCACACUCCACUUCUCUCACAACUACGCCGAUCUGAAGGGCCAUCCGUCGCUGCAGCCCGGAGGGCCCCUGGCAGUGCACGAUGUGGAGGACUUAGUGAAGCUGGGGAGGCGCACCAAAGUGCACGAUGUGGAGGACUUAGUGAAGCUGGGGAAGCGCACCAAAGGGUGCCCGUACGUUGCAGCGCGCGCAGCAGCAGCGGAGGACGUGGAUGUGGUGAUGCGUCCAUACCAUACAACUACAUGCUGUCUCUCAUGGUGCGGCGCAGCAUGGUGCCUCAACUGCGUUGGCGUUAGGUGCCCGUACUAUGCAGCGCGAGCAGCAGCAGAGGACGUGGAUGUGGUGAUGUGUCCGUACAACUACGUGCUGUCUCCCAUGGUGCGCCGCAGCAUGGACAUUCGUCUGGACGGCAGCAUUCUCAUCUUCGACGAGGCACAGUUGAGUCAGCUAGCACGAGAGUUACAAGCACUAGCCACGCCACCAACCCCUGUCAGACUACCACGCAUGCUUGGACAGCCGGCAGCAGAUGGCAGGCGGAGAGGAGGGAAAGGAAGAGGUGGCGAGGGGGAGAGUGGUAUUGUAGGGCCAGAGGAGGGAGGAGAGGGAGGAGUGGGAGAGGACGACUGGCUGCCCAUUCCCACUGAGGCCUAUGCCAGAGUCUACGCCCCCUUGGCAGAUGCUAUCACUGCUCUCUCAGAGUGGCUGAAUCAGCAGUGCCAGCGGUUGCUUGCGCAACAGAAGCAGAAGCGGGGGAGGAGUGGCUCCAAGGCUUCUUUUCAGAGCAGCAAUCCGUCAGAUGACGCUAUUGUGCCAGCAGAGCGUAUCACCAGUAAGUCUCCCUCUCUCCAUCUGCCGCACCACAAGCCCAGGGACCAGAUUCUCGUCUCCCUGUCUCUCGCAGGCUUUCCGCUGGCCCACUUCCCACUGCUGCUGCAGUGCUCCAAUAAGGCUCUGAGUCUGGCGCGCAAUGACAAGGCGGUGGGCUUCCAGGUGUCUGCCAAGGGUUGUGCUCUUAUGGACGGGCUCUUCACGACGCUCUCUUUCAUCCUCACCGAUGGCUGCAAGGCCCUGCCAGACUAUCGCAUGCUCGUGCACGCACCCACUGCUGCCCCAGCAUCGGCUGCUGCUGGUGGUGUUGCUGUUGCUGGGACAGACACAGACGGCAAAGCUGCAGGGCAGGGAGAGGAGAAGCAGAAGCAGCAGCAGCAGCAGCAGCAGCAGCAGCAGCAGCAGCAGCAGCAGCAGCAGCAGCAGCAGCAGCAGCAGCAGCAGUGGCGAUUCUCCUUGUGGUGCCUCAACCCCGCUGUUGCGUUCCGAUCAGUAGCUUCGGCCUGUCGUACCAUUGUGCUCACGUCCGGCACGCUAUCUCCCACAGAGUCCUUCGCAUCAGAGCUAGGAAUCGACUUCACAUGCACCAUGGAGGGCAUGCACGUUGUUGACUCCGCCACCCAGGUGUGCUGCCACUCACUACCGCUUACUACCACUCACUGCCACUCACUGCCUCUCACUACUACUCACUGCCACUCACCACCAUCACCACCACUCACCACCACUCACUGCCACUCACUGCCGCUCACCACCACUCACUGCCACUCACUGCCACUCACUGCCACUCACUACUACUACCACUCACUGCCAGUCACUACCACUCACUACCAUUCAAUACCACUGGAUGCCACUCGCUACCGUCCCUCCUCCCUGUCCAGUCUCUCCCCUUCCCUCCUCCCUACCGCUCCCACUCUCCCCCUUUCCAGGGGCCCCUCAGGCCUCAGCCUCAACGCCAGCUACGCCAAUGCAUGCUCGCCUGCCUUCCAGGACGAGUUAGCAGAGGCGCUGCUGCUGAUACUGGCAGCGACGCCAGGGGGGGUGCUGCUGUUCCUGCCGUCCUUCUGGCUCUUGGACGCCCUCUCUGCUCGCUGGAAGGCCACUGCUGCAUGGCACCGCCUCUCCUCCAUUAAAAAGAUCUUCACUGAGCCCAGGGGAGUGGAGAAGCUAGAAGGGGUGUUAACGCGGUACAGGCGGGAAGUGCAGCAGAGUGCGACCAAGCCAUGGACCCCCUUGGCGGUACCACAGCAUUCCGCUGGAGCAGCAGCAGGGGGCGCACGAGAGGAGGCAUCUGCUGCAGCAGCUGAGACAUCGGAUGUGGAAGAGGGAGGGAAGGGGAGGGGGGUGCGAUGGAGAGUGGGUGGGGCCGCAGGGGGGAAAGGCAGAGGAAGCAAUGGAGCCAUGCUGAUGGCCGUGUGCCGCGGCAAGCCUGGCUGGCACUCGAAACGACUUGUGCUGCCAGAAUCCCAAACGCCUUUCUCUUUUGGAACCAUGGUCUGCUCUCUCUCCUCGAAAUCCCGUCACGCUGCCGUUACUGUUGUCGACUGCGACACUGCCGAACUCUUUUGCCGUCUCCCUCCCCUUCUCUCUCUUCUCCUCUCCCUCCUUUCCUCCUCUGUCUUCACCUGCCCCCUUUCCUCCUUCAGCCCCUCCUCUCUCGUCCUAGACGCAUCCACAGUCGUCAUCCGCUCGCACUAUUCCCUUCAUCCUCCCAUCCAUCUCCCCUUCUUCCUUCCAGUAAGUGUCUCCAGGCACUGGCAGGGGGAAGAAAGCGGUCGGUGCAUCCGCCAUCGGUACGACUAUGGAGCCAUCAUCCUGCUGGACGAUCGCCUGCUCUCGCCGCUCCUGCAGCAGCAGAUGCCCCGGUGGUUGCGCUCCCAGCUGUGCGUGCAUGCCACCCCCUCUGCUGCCUCCGCUUCCCUCUCUGCGUUCUUCACCCAGGCUAAGCCCCACCUGCAGCAGCAGAUGCCCCGGUGGCUGCGCUCUCAGCUGCUGUGCGUGCAUGCCAACCCUUCUGCAGCCUCGUCUGCCCUCUCUGCGUCCUUCACCCGGGCUAAGCAACUGUAUCCCACACCAUCCACACAGACCAAGGCAGGCGUCCCUAGCAAGGGAGGCACAGCCAGGCCAAUAUCCGAGGUGCCUCCGAAUGCCAAGUCAGGCGAUUUAGGCUGGAAUGUCACUGCCAGGCCAGUGGUUGAGGGGCCUCAAUCUACCAUGGCUGGUGUUUCAAGCAAUGGUGUGACGGCCACAGUGACUGGCUUUCAGUGUGCACAGUCAGACAGGCAAGGUGGAGUGGGGGGAGGAGGGGGAAACGGGGGGAAAGGGGGAAAAGGGGGAGGACGAAGGGAAAGAGAGGGAAGGGGGGCGGUUGAGAGGGAUUCCAUGCACGCAUAUGGUGUGGAGGGAGAGGAGAUGGGUAAAGAGAGGGACGGGUAUGUUAAGGAGGAAAAGGAAGAAGAGGAGGGAGGAAAUGGCAUAGAAAAGCCGAACCUCUCACACUCUCUGCCAAAGCCCCUUAAACCCGCCUCCCCUCACUCCUCAUCACCCCCUCCCCACCCCUCUUCCCUCUACCCCUCACACACAACCCACCACACACCUCCCCCAAACCUAAACUUUUCUGCUGCCUCCUCUCAUCCCUCACCCCCUCUUCCUCUCCUCACCUCCCACUGCACCCAACCUCUCCCUUUACCCCCCUCACCGCAACCAUCCUCCCUCACCUCCCACCCGUCCCAACCUUCCCCCUCCCAUCCUUCCCUGCCCCUUUUCUCCCCGCACCCCGCCUCCUCUUCCUCCCCUGAUGCCUCUCAGCCCCCUGCAUCCCGCCCUUCGCCCCACCUCCGGCGUCAGUCUUCCCGCCGCCCCUCCCCUCUCAGUCCCUUGCUCUCUCACAGGCGUGCAAGCAUGAGGGCUCGGCUGGAGUCGUUUCUGGGGGAUAGGGAGGAGGAGGGGGAGGGCAAAGCGGAAGGGGAAGGGGAAGGGGAAGGGGAAGGGGAAGGGAAAUGGGAGAGGGAAGGGGAGGGGAAAGGGGAGGGAAAAGGGGAGGGGAAGGGGGGCGGGGAGGGCCGGGGGCAGCAGCGUGGGGCGGAUUCAGCCUGUGAGAGGGGGGAAGAUAGAUUGGCUGGGAUGGGUGGUUCAUAUGGAGUAAGGAGAGACGUGCUGUCAGACGUAGCGGGCAGAUACGACGGAGCAGGCAGAAUGGGUGUGGAAAAUCAGGCGGCAAGAGGGCGUGACGGGUGUGGCUUGAGGGCGAGUCAGACGGAACUCUAUACGGCUGUCACUGGAGAGGGUGUGAAGAAGAGAGAGAGUUGUGAUGAGGUAAAGGAUAUGGAUAGAAGAAGCAAGAUGGAGGGGCGUCUAGAAGUCAAAGGGAAGGGAGGAGGGAAGUGCAGAGAAGAGAGGGGCGCAACGAGUUUGGCACAGGCAUGCCGAUCGGGAUGGACGGAGAGAGAAGAGGAGAGAGAUGCAGUUGAUCGGAGUGAGGCUAUGCGUGGGGAGGCGGCGGGAAGUAGUCGGAAGAGGGAACGGCGAUGGGAAGUGGAGGAGGGCGGCGGUGAUGGGGGCAUGGACGCUAUUCGGCGUGUGCUGGGGUUUGAGGAUAUGGAAUCAGUGGUGGUGGUGGUGCAGGCAUGUGGGGAGGAUAGCUGCGGCUUUUCGGUUGGAGGAAAGGAAGGGAGCUGUGGGGGGGCUGAAGCGCCCUGCACAGUGCUUCACUGCCUGCGCCUCCAACUGCCACCCCUGCAUGCUACCCCACCAGCCUAG